UCCUCUCGUCGUCGUCCGUACAAUUUACAAUGCUAUCAAACUCAAAAGUGUGUCAAACUCCCGCCUUCUCACACUGACAGAUUCUCUCUCUCUCUCUCUCUUGCAGUCAUGGCUUCAAAUACAGGUGGUAAUGGCGUCGAUCUCUGGUCAGAGAUCAUAGCUUCCCAACAACAACAACAACAACAACAACAACAGUCGCAUGUUGAAGUGUUUUACAGAAGAAGAAAACCAUCUAAAACCCCUCCUGAUGUCCUUCCUCCGAAGCAAAUGGGCUUGGAAGAUGAUGGGAUUCAUCAUCGACUAAGCUUGGUUGUUCUCCCCCCUGGUCCAACGAAACGCAUCAGUUGGAAUCGUUCACUCUCUACCAGAGGUCGGACUAGUAUUGCCGUUGGCACUUGCAUUAAUCACCAGCCACAACCUAAGAAGGGCAAGAGAAAGGGAAAGCCUCCUCGACCCAAAGGAAAACAAUUUAAACCUCAAAAUUUUGAGAUGGAGAGGAUGUAUUUUGAAGAGGUUGAUGCCUUUGAAUUAUUGGAGGAGAGCCCCUCUCCCAAAGUUUUUGGCACAUGGGCCGGGCCCAACAAUACUGAUAGUGUUGCAUUAACACAUCUGUCCACAAGACUAAACAAGUGGUUAAUCUGUAGGAAUUUGAACUACUCCUGUGGACCUUCGAGCACGUUAUCAAAGAUUCUAGGAACACCGUCUGUUAAGUUGGAACCUAUAGAUUGUGAUAACAUUGACCCUGGAAAUAUGAAAACUCCGGAAAAGUCAUCUGCCAAAGGCACUUCUCGUUUGCCUUGUGCUGAGAUCACAUCACAUAAGGUUGAGGACGUGGGCAAUGAGAGUUUUGAAGAAUUAGAAGCUUCAGUCAAAAAACUGUCACUAGCAUCAACUUCUUCGUCAGAUGCUUUGCAAUUUAAUCCAUUUGCUACACUGUUAGCAGUGUGUGAACAGUCAGUGCCUUCUAAGUUUCAGGAUGUUUUCUCAAAAUAUUGUGAUCCACAGGAGAUCAUUAAAAUUGGAGAAGGGACGUUUGGAGAAGCUUUUAUGGCUGGAAAUUAUGUCUGCAAAAUAGUUCCUAUAGAUGGAGACUUCAGAGUUAAUGGAGAAGUGCAAAAGAGAUCAGAAGAACUGCUCGAGGAGGUUGUACUUUCCCGAACUCUUAAUUAUUUAAGACAACACCAAGAAGAUGCUCGUAAUGCCUGCACCACUUUUAUUGGAACAAUAGAUUUAAAGGUAUGCCAGGGUUCCUAUGAUGCUAGUAUGAUCAAAGCGUGGGAAGAGUGGGAUGAAAAUAAUGGUUCAGAAAAUGAUCAUCCGAAUGAAUUUCCUGAUAAACAGCGCUAUGUCAUGUUUGUCCUAGAACAUGGUGGUAAGGAUCUUGAGAGCUUUGUACUUCUAAACUUCAACGAGGCUUUGUCUUUCCUGGUUCAGGUUACAGCAGCCCUUGCAGUGGCAGAAGCUGCAUAUGAAUUUGAACACCGGGAUCUGCACUGGGGAAAUGUCCUUUUGAGUAGGAAUGAGUCUGCAACUGUGCAGUUCAUUCUCGAGGGGAAGAAGAUGUCUGUGAAGACAUUUGGAUUAUUGGUUUCAAUAAUUGACUUUACUCUUUCAAGAAUAAAUACUGGCGAAGACAUACUUUAUCUGGACCUAUCCUCAGAUCCUUAUCUUUUUAAAGGUCCCAAAGGAGAUAAACAAUCAGAAACUUACCGGAAGAUGAAGGAGAUAACAGAUGAUUGUUGGGAGGGAAGCUUUUCUAAAACAAAUGUGCUGUGGUUGCAAUACUUGGUGGAUAUAUUGCUCUUGAAGAAAUCAUUUGAACGUACCUCAAAGAACGAGAGAGAUCUGCGCUCUUUGAAGAAGCGUUUAGAUACAUAUGGUUCUGCCAAAGAGGCUAUUUCUGAUCCAUUUUUCAGUGACUUAUUGGUUGAACGGGUACAAAUUAUUGACUUGGAUGACUAGUAACUUACCUGCACAAGAAAAGAGGGAGGUUUUUUUUGCAUUGUAUAUCAUCAGCAGAAAGAUUUGUAACUUUUUUUUCUUUCUUUCUUCUGUCUAAAGUUAGUGUCCAAACACUGAUAAUUGUCAUGUGAAACACGUCAUUUUAUGGACCAAGUGUUUGGAUAUCGAUGAGAAAUGUUGAUUAUGAUAUAGAUCACUUGCCUUUUUCUGGUCUGUAACAAAGAUUUGCUAUGUCAUUAUGCACUAUAUAUACUAUCUAGAACAACUUGUUCUUUUGAACCCA